CAAUUUUUUCUGUUAGUGGUAAAUGCUGGCACCUAGUCGCGAAUUUUACUCCACAAUUGAUAUUCCUAGAUUAUCGUACACACUCAGGCUUUUGUGAGUUUGCUACAUACAUAUGUAGUAAUUUAUUACUUAUUGGAAUUGAAUUUCACCUUUUUUUCUGUAUCAUUUAUAGUUUUCUGUUAAAAAUCAGUUUUUUGCUGCAUGAACAUCCUCUAUUAGGUAUAAAUACGUACAUGAGAAUGUAAAAAAAUAAAAAAGAAAGAAAUGACAUAAGACAGGAAGAGAAUGCAUUGUAACUAUAGGCUUUACCGGGCACCAAUGCAAAAUUACAUAAAAUGCAGGAAAGCAUAUAAACCAAGUUUUACUAAAAUGAUAAAUUUUGUCAUCUGCAAUGGUUUUAUAAUGCAAAUUUGAAUUUUAAUAAAAUACAUUCGUAGAAUUGGCAAUUACAUUUACACUGUCAGUGUUAAUGUAAGAAAAACUAGGGAAAUGUGAAUCACUUUUGCAAAAUCACAAAAUAAGAGAUGUGGCUGGACACACUUUAUUUCAAAAGUCAUUACCCAGGUGGAAAGGAAGAUCAAUGACGUGUGUGAUGGUGGUGAAAGUAGUUUAAUUUAGAAUUUCUUGGAUUUUGUAAUUCACCUAGAUACCAAUGGUUAUGAAUUGCCAGUUGUGAGAAUUCUUCACUGCAGCACUAUUAAUGUCAAGUAACUUAUGGUGUUUAAUUUAAAUCUUGAGUGGUGGAUUCUUGAGCCUUCAGUACUGUAGACAGCUGAAUUUAAGAUGAAACUGGACAUCAAUUAGGUGAGAGGUGGGCCCCUUCCGUUAAACUUGUAGGGUUUUUUUCUUCAUUUGAAAUAAUAUUAAUUGGGAAUAGAUGUUGGUUUUUAUUUUGGAAGGACCUCUGAUAGUUGCCUGAAUAUUGCAAUUUUUUAAAGUAAAUUUUUAUUUUAAAAUUUAAUUUCAUAAAAGUAAUAUUCUAGGUCACAUAGUUUAAAAUCUUGGUAUUUUAUGUGCAGUGUGGCAAUAGACCCUAUAUGGUUCUUGUAAAACUACUUGCUGGUUGGGUAAGUUGCAUUCAGUAUCCUCAGUGUUCAAAGAAGGGUGUUCGUGUAAAUUUCAGCAUACAUGUGUUGUGGCAUCAUAUUGUUUUAAUCAGUCUGGUGUUUUGUUUUGUUUCAGAGGCACAUGCGAGAUGAUUUUUUAUGUUUAGAUUUGUUUUUAUAAUAACAUCUGGCAGUGCCUCUGCUUGCCUGUCGCGCUUGCUGUUGAAACUGGUGCAUUGCGGCUUUGUGGCGCGUCAGGCAAGGCAGGACUUGGAGAGCCCAGGCAGUUAACAGCUGUUAUUGCAGUACAGUUGGGUCAUCUCCUGUGCUGUAAACUCCUCACACCUAAUUACUUUCAUAAGCAGCAGAGUGCUGUGAAUAUAAAGGGUAUAGAUAAUCAGGAUCAGAAGAAAAACUCCUUUGGUUUUCCCACCAAAAGGCCAUUCAAGAUGCUGAAGGUUAAUAUGCCAUUUUAUUUUGCCAUUGCAUUUGGUCUGGACAUAGGUAACUGGUAGUGAAACAAAAAAUAUCAAAUAUGCUACAGCUGAACAAGUCAAAACUUCUGUGAAAAGCAGUUGCCUCACAGCUGGAGAAACUUUGCCACAUGAAGGGUAGAAUUACCAGGUUCAUGACUUCUCAUGAAUGUUGAUUCCAUCUAGAAAGAACUAAAAGCUUACCUCUGUAAAUGGUUGUUUUUCUGAGAUGCUACCAAUAUUUUUUCCUUGCUCAUUGACAAAGUUAGAAUUUCUCACAUUGUAAAUUCUGAAGCUUGAGAUAAAUCUCUUUAAGGGGAGACAUGGCUUGGAAUGUGUACUGAGGAUGGGGAUUUAUAGAGACCCAAUGCUUGCUUCCUCCUGAAGGUAAUGCAUUGAAUGUAUGACAAACGAAUGGUCACCAUAGUUGGGUGUUUAUUUAUUUAUUUUUAAUUUAUUUUCUUUUGGGGGAUUAGUUUUCAAACUUGAAAAUCUGAUAUAACAUGUUUUCAGACCUUAGGAACUGGUGGCUAUUUUACAAGGUCGGCAGGAGAUAGAGAUCAUAAUCAUGGAAUAUGUUAGAGGGUACAAAAUCAUGCAUGCACUCUGAGGGAGUUUUCAGUCUUGUCCAGCUAUAGUGAAUCGAGGAACUCAUUUAUUUUCCGAGUAUAGAAAUCUAUCCAAUGCCCUACACAAACUGUGGCCAAAGUUGUGCAGGAACAGCAUACAUGCAAUGACUUUAACUGAUAUUGUGGCCAUGUUUGUUGCCACCGGCAGUAUGGUUUGUAUUUCUAUAGAUCACGAAAUGAAGCAUGACAGGUGCCUAUGGACUAUUUGUAAGUAAUUUUGGCAAUUUUUAAAUUAGCAGUUUUCAUCCUGUGAAAGAAAUGAUUCAUGCAAAAGUUUUGUUGCAUUCUUUAAAUUGAAUUUGUUUUGAUUGCAUGAAUGAAUUUCAGCAAUUUCUUCUUGAAAUGGUCUUUGAUCUUUGGAUAGAUGUAUGAUGGAUUGACCAAAAUUUUAUUUGAAACAUUAUAAACUCAAGAAAAGUUUGACAUGAGUAGAUUCAUGUUGUAAUAUUUUGAUAUAAUGGCUAACUAUAAAACUUGUUUAAUGGUUUCAACAAUGUUCUCUUGUGUAGAUGUGGAUGGCAUUAAGUUUGUCAUAAACUUUGAUUACCCAAACUCGUCUGAAGAUUAUAUUCAUCGAAUUGGACGUACGGGCCGAAGCCAAUCUACAGGAACAUCAUAUGCUUUCUUCACAUCCAAAGACAGCCGUCAGGCCAAAGACCUUGUCUCAGUUCUGAAAGAGGCCAAUCAGGUUGUAAAUCCAAAGUUAAGCGAGAUGGCUAUGUAUGGUUAUGGAGGUGGAAGGGGAGGAAGAGGAGGAAAUAGUGGGCGCUGGGGCUAUGGUGCAAGGUUCCAGGGAGGAGACAAAGCACAGCAUAAACGAUGGAAUUAAAUUUAGAUAAUAAUUAAACGUCCAUGACUGUCCUACUGAUGUGGAGGGACAGGUAGACCAUCUGUGCCCCAACUCAUCUUCGUAUAAAACUUCAUUUCAUUUUCUUUCCAUUGAACUACUGGUACUCGUUUCUGUACUAGAUGGUUUCUGUACACUUCUGCACUGACAAGAAAUAACAUUCCAUUGAGUGUUUGAAGUAUCCUGGCACUGUAAAAUGUCUCAAUGUUUUGAUUUGUUAUUUAUUUCUAUCUAUAAAAAACUAAAAUUUUGAAUUCCAUGUUUAAAUGUUAAUUCCUUUUCCAAUCCCGAAAAGAAACUGCCAAGAUUUUUGCUCAAUAAAAUUUGAAGUACACAAAUUGGUGAAGAUUAAAAUUGUAUGUUUCAAGUUGGUUAAGUAUUUAGAGGUAAACCUGUGCAGAAUGUAAUCUUCAAUCCCUGAAUCCAGAAACUAAAUUGUGGAUAACUGACGGAAUGCAGUGUUUGCUAUGGAAAUUCAGGAUUAUCCUUCACAAAAAUUGAAACAAAUGAGCAUGUUAGGUUUUGAAUGUACCUAAAUGUUGUUCAAAUGUGUUCGGAUUUUAUCCCUUUUCCAAUUUAUGGGAAAUUAAUGGAAUAUAACUAAAUUCAGGAUAGUUUUCCAGUCAAUUCUGUGGUUCUCAAUAAAAGCUAGGGUUUUAAUUUGUGCACUCAUAUCUGAAAAUUUGUACAUUGAAAAUGUUUGUUUUUAAAAAAAUUUGACUUGUCAAUCAAAUUGAGUUUUGCUUUAACUGAAACCCAAAGGUUACUUCACAAUACUCUUAGUUUGUAGUAUAAACUAAAUUUUAAUAGAAAUUAAUGCUUCGUACUACUCGUUUGUCAGCACUUUCUACAUUUGCCCUAGCAUGAACUAGUUUGUUUUAAGUUGGCAAAUAAAACAAUGAGUAAUUGCAGUAUAUGCAAAUGAUUUGGUGUGAAACUUCCCCUUACAAAAAUAGUGCAACAUGUACAUAUCCACCUUAGCCCAAUCAGGACUGUGCAUUGAAAUACUUAAAUGUUUUCAAAUAUUACUUUAGAAAGGAUUAAAAAAAUUGUAUAUUGGCUAUUUAGUUUUUAAAAAAAGUUGUUUAUAUGUAGCUUUGGAACAAUAGUGUAAAUAAAUUACUUUUGGCACAGGCCUAAUAAGUUUGAAUGGGGAUGUAUUUUUGACUUGUAAAUUGUAGUGUUUGUAUAAAGUAUCUCCUAACUUUAGUUUCACCUUUCAUAUUGUGAAAUGGUUGUUGAUUCUGGGCACAACCAGUAGUCUCAUAGGUGUAUCUGCGAUACAUUAAAAAUUGCCUCUGGCAGGUCAGUGUUAUGGUGCCAUCCAUACCAUUUGUAGCUUUCAAUCUUUCCAUUGAAUAGUAGUAGCUGAUAUUAGUCAUGCAGAUUUGAAUAAAUACCAGUAUAAGGUGACAGAAUGUGUUGUGAGAAAUGUGGAAAAUCCAAACAAUGAUAACCUCACACACUUGAGCUUUUUGGUAUCCUCACUUCAACACAUGUACUUGGUAAAGUAUUUGUGCUAAGAAAAUGUUAUGUCACAUUUUACAAAUUUUCCUCAACAGUUUCAAAUGUCAAAAAAUUACUCUGGCUCAGGUAUAUGGUGUGCAGAUGUGAAUUUUCCCCCAUCCAGAUGUCCCAGCACGUUACGUCAUGGGGGGGGGGGCAUCCUACAGAGAAGUAAAUGGACUAAAUGUAUUUAAAUUUUGCCGACAAGAUCUCACGUGCGUUAUUGUAUUGUGAUGCUAUUGAGCGUGUUAUGAAGUCUGUUAAGAAUUAAAUAUCGAAUUCAGUCCUACACGAGAUUGCUUUCCGUUUCAGAGUAGCUGAAGAUCUGCACUGAAGUCAUCAGAAUAGCGAAAUGUACAAUAUGUAUCAAAUUUUAUUUCACCCGAAAAAGGCAAGGUCUGAUGUAGGGGAUUGAACAAAUUUAUCCUUUACUAUCUCUACGC